CUAGUUUUAAGAACGCCUUUUCUCUUUUUUGUUUAUUAAUAUCUCAUUGUGGUGCAGCUCAGCGUGGACAAGUAAACGUUACGCGCAGCAUCGUCGCUGAGGUGGCAGCCCGCCGUAGAGAGCUCUUACAACAUCCUUCAAACUCACAAACGGGGGUGCCAUACUAGUUUUGAAUAGACUUUGCUUUAUCACCAUCUGAAAUCACAGCGUACCCUGGCCAGCGGAGUGCAGAUCACGAGGGCAACGGUCGCCAUAGGCUAACACAUCGCCAGAAACCUCAACUAAGACAGCGCGAUGUGGCCCAAGAUCUACCGUUCACGUCAGGCCGGCUGAAACGGCAUCAUAUAUCUCAUCUGACGGUGGUAGGAGAGUCAUCCCUGGCUUUCCGAAACAAUGAACGGGUCAUCCCUCAACCUGCCGAAGCCUAACAACCCUCCACCCAAGUAAACUUUCUUUGCGAUCGCACUAAAACCGUUGGCGUGAUUGGCCCGGACAAGCCCCCCGUGAUGGACUUUUAGCUUUCGAUGCAACCCUACGAUCCGCCUCGCACGUGAACCCUGGUGCCUGUAAGUCAUUGUCGCAGGCCAGCAGCGGUGCACGAUGCCAACACGUCCAGCAACAAAAGGCACACAGGUCGCAUUGUCAGGCAGCAUAGCCCAAAAACUCUAUUUAAGUUUUUUGCUCUCUAGAACCCCUGGAAUAGUCGACAAAAAUAGCGUCUUUUGACUCAUCGGAUGUCCAUUUAACAACAUGUUCAUCGCCGCAUGCUCUCGAAUAAGACUUACACGAUCUGACGAGGCCUACAAGUAAACUCAUACACGCUAAUCUCAAGAACAACAUAUCCCAAGCUUAUACGCUAUUCCAUGCGCCAAUGAAGAUGUCAGAGGACAGCCUUUUAGACACAAUCCACAAAACUCUCCUAGAAGGGUGGUCAUCUACUCCGAUACCAGCAUUGUCACUCUCAGCUGGCGGUCUUCUUGCUCUGGCCGAUCUGCACACUAUUGCACAACGCACUGUCAUCACAGGCGGAUCUUCAUGGUGGGAUGCGCUUGUUCUAGCACCCGGCCUGCACUACCAACAAGCCGCGGAUUCUCUCGACCGCGAUGCGGCCCACGGCCAUGCAAACAACCUGGGCCUUACAGCUUCAAUCGAGACAAGUGACGGCAAGGAGCUCCAACGGCACACCAUCAGCAAUGCUGCGCUAGCUAGUUUUCUCAAGCGAAUCUGGGCUAAUGGCCCAAACGAAGGCACAGUUACUCUCAAUGUCGGCGCUGCCAAGGAAGGCGAAGAGCUUUAUGUUCUUGCUCGAAAGUUCGCCGCCAUGAUGAACCGACAGGUUAAAAGGCCCUUUCCCACAGAUCAGCAAACACAACUGGAUUGGCUCAGUCACGUUUUAUACUUGAUGAGCCCAUUUCUCACUGUGUCAUCGUCCACAGUGAUGGCCCUGCUUGGCGACUGGUGGGGUGUCGCUUUCAUCAUGGCUUUAAUGGCAUCUCGUCUUAUCAACAUUUGGAUCAUAAAACAGCGAUCAAGGCCGUUAUCUAUACCACCCAAGUCCGAGCCCUCGACUUCUUCUUCAGAUUCAGAUGAACCAAAGGCUGAAGACAACCCAACAGAAUACCUAGUCGACCUCGGCAACGACCGCCGAGUAAUUCUUCGUGGACUUGAUGAUGACCUCAAGGCGAUGAUGACUCAACCAUUUCUACGAAACAAGACAAGCAUGGAUGGGUACCUUGAAGCGGCCGCAAAGCUCAUUGUCUAUUUGGUUGCAUCUUGUAGCGGUAACCUAACACAAUCUGGCGCAAUGGUCCUGAUGGGUCUGUUGCUUGCCAGCGCGGGCCUUCUCGGACUGAGCAAUGCCCACAUUCGCCGUUUACAAAUGAACGGCCGUGUGGCUCUUCCAGAUGCAAAGUCGCAGUCGUUAUUAGACGAGGAAAGCGGUUGGAGAAACGGGUUCCCUGUUGAGAGCCUCCGCGCACGACGUUCCAGAACAGCUUGAGACCGACCACCUAGGACCUCUUGUGUUUGUGUUUGCGUUUGC